AUGUCUCGGUCGAGCUUCAGCAUCCGGAGGUUCAUCUCGCCUCGCCGCUCACAGGCGGUCGACGCCGAGGAGGAACGUCGCCACUCGGAGGACUCGGCCGCGAGCGAGGACCUCUUCAUCUUCAAGUCCCGACGUAAGCAGCAGCAACAACAAAAGUCAAACUCAUGGGCGCCGGCCAGACGUCCAUCCAACGCAAAGGCCCGCAGGCCAUCGAGGGAGGACACCCUCGUACGAAGGACACAAAGCAUCAAGAGGACCUCGACCGAGGCCGUUCCCUUACCUGAGCCUUCACCCAGCUCGUCCUCCAGCUCUUUGUGCAGCUCCCAGAGUCAUACAGAUACAGCCUCGACGAACAGCAGAGAUGCCAUCCUUUGUCCGCCACGGCCGCCGCCUCGAGCGUCUCGUUCGUCGGCACCAAAACGUCUCGCGGACCGGAGACAUCUUUGCAUCGCUCCUUUACAAACACAACAGGACACCAAGCCUAGGACCUCAGGAGAACAUCUUACGUUGAGGGGAACCCCUGCCAGCUCAGCGUCACGAACAGACAACAGCCCGGAUGACUGGUCACUAAAUGUUCAAGACCUCAUCCGAGAAACCGACGAGGCAUUCAAGGCCGUAGGUACAGCCAUCGAAGAGGCCAAGGUCGCCGUUUCGUCUUUCAACGCUCCGGAGACGAGGCGUCCAUCAUCUCCUACCAUCGCCAACAUGGAUUCGCCUCUCAAGUGGUCAACGAAGCCUCACGCCAUUGCGAACAGCACUCCUCCCCUCCCCCCUCCAGUCCGCAGUGUAUCAGGUUCAUCAACGUCCAGACCCCGCAGGAAGAAGUCGAAGAAGGUCAAGCGAUCAAAGUCGCGGUCCAAGAAGAACGCUCGAUGGCAACUCGGAGAAGAAGUCGUCGACAUCCUCAGUGGCCAGUUCUUCCGCAAGAUGGAGGUCAACGAGCUCCUCUCACCAGACCACCUUCAAGCCUUGAGGGCCGGCCGGGAGACCCAGGCUCGGAUCUCAAGCGACACCGCGAGGACAGUCGACACGGACGGCAGUGAGACACCCGUCGAGCCUUUCCAUCUCCAAGACCUGCCCCGCCGGAUAGGAGCGGCAGGUGUUGGCAUGGUGGUUACAUCCAGCGACACCGUGUCACAUUCUAAGCCCCUCGACCCAGCCGUGCGACGGCGCUUCUCGGUGAAGGAGAAGUCCCCGCUGCGCAAGAAGCCCGCCGCGCCCGUCAAAGAUUCCAUGACCAGAGACACCACGGAGGUUGACGACAUGGCCGCCCCUCCCCCUCCGCCGGCAAAGAACCCGUUGAGAUUCGCGCCCCGGCCGCAGGCACCACAGCUACCCACGAUACCGGAGGUCAUCAUCACGACACCGGAUACGACGACAUAUUCAGACACGACGCAGAAACAGGCGACGCGCACGUUUGCCCCCGUCGACGAGGACGACUUCGUCUUCCUCCAGUCGACAAACUACACACUCAACCAUCCCAACCUCCGCCACGGACAGAUCCGCUUCCCCAAGUCCGACGUCGUCCAGGGCAUGAAGAUCGACCCGGACGACACCCUGGACUGGACCGCGUUCCAGAUGGCCAUCCUCGGCGGCGCAGGCGACCUCUUCUCAGAUCCGUCGGACUUUUUGCAGCGGUCGGAGGCCGAAGAGACGGCGGACCUGGUCGACUGGUUUGAGGAGUUCGGCUUCGACCACCACGGCCUGCUCAUCUCCUCCGCCGCCGCCGCAGCAGCUCUAGCCAGCCCGGCCAGUGUCAGCGCCAGCACGACGGCGUCCGAGUACUCGCCCAUGUCGUCGGUCUCGACGGACAUCAACCUGCCGAUCCCGGUGGAGUUUGAGCACCCGAGCGGAUUCUGGAACGAGGGCAAGUUCGACGCGUCAAAGUUCCUCACCAAGGGGUGCAACAUCCGGCGGUGGACAAUGGAGGGCCACCCCAAGCGGUACAACCGCGAGAGCAUCGAGAGCCUGCCGCCCAGCCCGAUGAUGGACCUCGUCAUGGUGAGGGGCACAGACGGGGAGGCGGAGGUGGUGCCGAUGGGGUACAACCUCGGGCACGAUCUGGGCGACUUCCUGAGAUGGGAGGCGGAGCACGUCUACGCUACGGGGGUGUACUGA